AUGUUCAACGUGGACAUCAUCGUGCCCCUCACCCAGGGUCCGCAAGAUGUUUCACCACUCGGCUCGGAUCUUGUGCAGCUUUCCAGUUUCUCAAGGAAUGAAGAUGCAACGAUUGACGACUUUAUCGACGUGCUGGAGGAGACCGGCACGGCGCCACGGCAGUACUGCAAGUGCCUCUACGUCUACAACAAGAUCGACAUGCUGAACAUCAGUCAAGUCGAGGAGUUGGCGAGGCAGCCCUACUCGGUGGUCAUCUCCGUCAGCAAGGGGCUGAAUUUGGAUGGCUUGCUGGAAAGAAUCUGGCAGGAGCUGGACUUGCGUCGAAUCUACACCAAGAAGAAGGGCCUUUUCCCCGAUUUCACAGAGCCGAUAGUUCUGACUUGCCAGCGCGGCAACAAGACCAUGUCGGUUGAGAACGCCGUCGGCCUGCUUCACAAGAGUUUGCUGGACGAGUUCAAGUCCGCGCUGGUGUGGGGCUCCAGCGUGCGCGCAUCCCCGCAAGUGUGCGGCCUGAAGCACGAGCUCCAGGACGAGGAUGUGAUGCAAAUCACAAAACUCACCGCAGCUGAGAAGCAGAAGAAAAUGCACGGGAAGAAGACAGGCACAACUUUGGCCGGAGGGAACACGCAGGUGGAUCCUUCCGGCAAGAAGGCGCAGAUCCCUUCUGGCAGGGCAGUCGCCGCAAUGCGGCUCUUUGUCCGGGGCAUAGCUGGUGAGACCUCCGCAGUGGAGGUUGCUUCUGCUGCCAGUGUUGCCGACGUCCAGCUGCAGAUUCAGGAAGUCCAGGGUGUGCCUUGCAGCGAGCAGCGGCUGAUCUUUGGAGGAAGGUCUUUGCAGUCCGAGGAGCUCCUGGCUGCCUGUGGUGUGGAAGAGGAGUCCACCCUUUUCGUCAAUCUCGACCUCGAAGGCGGCGGCAAGAAGCGCAAGAAGAAGACGUACACCAAGCCCAAGAAGAUCAAGCACAAGAGGAAGAAGGUGAAGCUCGCAGUGUUGAAGUUCUACAAGGUUGAUUCCAACGACAAGGUGACCCGCUUGCGCCGAGAGUGCCCUCAUGAGACCUGUGGCCCAGGAGUCUUCAUGGCUAUGCACUUCAAUCGCUACUACUGUGGCAAGUGCCACCUGACGUACCUCAUCAAGAAGGAGGAUAAGUGA